AUGGCCCAAAAACGCCCUAGAAAAACCAAUUUCUCUCCGAAGGAAAUCGUCAAACUCACUGACCUGGUGCAACAGCAUUACAAAGUGAUUUCUAGCAAAUUCAGUGACACGAUUAGUUUACAACGAAAACAAGCUGCAUGGGACACGAUUACCAAGAAGAUAUGUUCAAUUGCACCAUGCAUCCGGACGAGAGAAGAAGUGAAGAAGAAGUGGGAGGACAUGAAGCAAAAGGCAGAAAAGACGGGGUAUGAAGAAAUGAAAAAGAGGCAGGUGACAGGAAAUGUUCCAUUUUCUGAUGACGGCGAGAAUAGUGGUGAUGGUUUAAACGAUACAGAAGAGAAGAUCAUUGGCUUGCUGGGUGUAGAUCUUGUGUGUGGACUUCAAGGGGAAAAAAGGCAACAAUCCUUUGACUGGCCAAGAAGCCCAACACCACCGCGGCCAUAUAGUCCAAAACGAGCCAAGAUGAAGGUUGUCCAGUCGGUCAGAUCGAGUAAAGCAGAGGCUGCAACCGUUUCGGCAGUGGAACCAAAGGCAACCACAACGACGCCAACUUCCGAACUUCUGGAAAUUGAAAAAAAACGACUGGUGAUCGAGAAGAAACGACUGAAAGUUGACAGAAAACGACUGAAGUUAGAAAAGAAACGCUCAUCCAUGACAGAAAGGGCAGUAAAGUUGUUGGAGAUACUAGUGUCGCAGGGAAAACAAGAUAAGCCACCCACUCCUACACGACAGAGGAAUCAAACACGUGACAGCUUUGGUGUUUUUGAGAAACUGAAAUUCAAACAGAACCUUCCUAAAAAGGACUGA